CUUCGAUCCUUUAUAUUAAUAAAUGUAAGAAUAUGACUUAUGCACCCACACCCACACCCAUUAAAGACUGUGGUUCCCGACUAGAUAUUGUACCCAGCUCACUCCAGAUAUCGUUCCUAUUGGCCUGCACCUCCAUAGUUAUUUUAGGUUAGACUAAGACCAUGCAGACAUAGUAUGUCUGCAUGGUCUUGAUUUUAUGAUGAAAUAUAUACUAGUUGAUUCAUAAAAACGAAACGCCUUUCAAAAUAUUUUCUGAUUAUGUCCACGCAUGCAUGAACAUGGAUAAAACCAGUACCCAUGUGUGCAUAAUGAUGAUAAAUAUUCACAACAGUCGUGUUCCUUGACGACCGCAUUGUGGGGUCUUGUUAACACGCGAGGCUUGUAAAACGAGGGAACAAUCAAACCUGGCUGUACUAUGGGUAUUGGACCGCCGACUACGUUACGUUUUGUUCUAUAACAACAGCUACAAAUGUCUUAACAGUAGCGGCAGAAGGUGUACAAAACCGAUCACGAAGGGUAAGCCAGUCAGCAGUUUUUAAUUGUGCGCUGUAUUCUCUAAAGGAGGUGUGUAAGAAAAAGGAGAGAGCGAGAGAGGAAAUUAUGACCGGUUUGUAUUGAGACGUCUGCAGUGUUGACAAUGACAAUACUGUCGCCGGCUUGGUAAACGGUAGAGUAUCGAUUGAAAAAAAAGAGAUAAAAAGUGUGUAGAUCAUAUAUUGUCACACUGUUGCCAUGCAGUCGUGUGUUAUGAACACAGGUAUAUUGAUAAGAUGAGACGGAAGAGCUAUUUAGGGCUGCAUGUAUAUACCGUUGUUAAGUCAUUUGUUGGCCACCAGUAUUAAUGAAUGUUAAGCUGGGAUUAGUGUACCAUAACACAGCUGCUGGAAUGACUGAAGAUUAAGGAUUAGUGUUUUGUUUAAGGGAUUUGUUCGUGAAUUAAUUUGCCAGCGCUUAAUUUGAACGAAGAUCGAGUAUUACGGAUUUCUGUUGCUGCCGAUUUCAAAAUUAGGCCAAGUAGGUUACCAAUCGCAGACUGAUUUGAAACCGCUACAAGGAACGUAACUGAAAUAUGUUGUGUUAAAUCUUGAUGAUUUGUUCAGUAAAAGGAUUUACGGAGUCGAAGUGACUUGUGAAAAACUGGUCAGAAAACAACAGUGUUUUUGUUAGACUGACUUGUGGCGACUCCAUUGUGGUUCCUGUCUGGUGCUAUUCUUUCUGAUCUAAUAUUUUUGUAGUGCCUGACUAUUCGAUCUAAUAUAUUUUGUUCAGAUCGACUUUUUUUAAGGUGUGUACAUUUUUGUUCUUUUUGUACUUCCAUUUUGGGAUAUUAUACACAUCCCUGCAUUUCUGUUCGAGGCUAAAGGUUGUUUUGUCUGUUAACGUGGAUGCUACAAAACGCAAGAAUCGAUUCUUUAAUUAUCUGCUAAUAAAAACAGAUUUCCUGAAAGAAACAAAAAAAACCACUUGCAUCGACCAGCAUAAUUGUCUGCAGCAAUUUCAACUAUUCUCCAUCUAUCAGUGACCAAUAACAAUCAUCAUUAACAAGCGGGGGGAAAACAAGACCUAAAGCAUGUGAUUAAUUCAGAAGACUUUGAUCAAUUCAGAACAACCAUUUUGACCGCUGUGCACAAUCAGCCACCCAUUCUCCCGCCCGGUGAUUUUAAUAAUAGGAUUUGCGUGUUCGUAACGUUUAGUAGGCAAAAUACCUGUGCGGCACUUAUUGAUUUGCAUAAUCAAGCGAGGUAACCGGACGUCAUUUAUUUAUUUCCAGCGUGUGCUCAUUAAGCCUUUACAAAAGCACGCCAGCUGAAAAUAGCCUAUCACCCUGAGGGCAAUAAUCAACUCAACUGUAGUCUUGAGUUCCAAAUCAUCUGGAGUACUUCUAAGAAAAACGCGUCAAAGAUGCUAAGAAUCUUUUGACAGUGUAUUUUUCUUUUCAACAUCGCCAAAUAAGACUUCCCACUCCUUUUGCUUGAGUAACAGUCAAUAAGUUGCCCUACUAAUUAAUUCUAAAUCAGUUUAUCAGUUUUAUUCUUCAAAAUGGCAUCCGCAUAUCUUGGACCAGAAACCCACAAACCGCUUUCGGUGAUUUCCGAAAGCUUUCAGAAAAGGUACAACAUUCCGGAAUUUGACGAGCACGAAAAGUUCAGCUUCGGGCAGCAGUACGAAGAACGCAUGUACAUGUUGAUUCACAAGUACUUGGACCUUGAGACCGUUGACAAGUUGUGCUACGUGGGCGACAACAAAGGCAGCAUAGCGUAUCAUCUCCAGGAGAAGUUUGUUCUGCUGGAACCAGUCACGACCGUGGUGCCUGGACACUUUCACUACGCCGAGACAGACGGCCACAAAGUGCUUCCGAUUCGCAUAGCGCAUGUCGGCGCGGAGGAGUACUUCCGGCAGUUGGUGAAGGAGAACGCGACAGGGAAGAAGACGAUAUUUGACAAGGUCAUCCUUAAGGAGGUCGUGCGUUACUUCACCAACCCAGAACAGCUGUACGUGAACGUCCUCAAGUGUCUGAGUCCAACUGGAAAACUGUUGGUCAUCCAUAGAGCCGGGAGCUUGACGACCUUGCCCUAUUUCAAGGAUGCCAAGCAAAGAUUCGCUGACAACGAGCCUCCAUACACGAACAUCAUCAAAACACUGCAGACCUCCAAGCUGGACGUGCAGUGGGAACUGGAGUGUCUGCCCAUCGUGAUGCCCAAGAAGAAGUGGUUCUCCAUGAUGAAGGAGAAAUACCCGCCACAGAUGGACCUCCUCAGCGACUUCGAGGUCGUCACGGGCAUGCGCGAGCUGUCCGAGGGCGUCCUCAAGUACUCCUACGACGACGACCUCAUCGAGUUUGACGACAGGCUCCUGUUCAUCACCGCAACGCCGUCCCACUUCGAGCAGGGCACUCCGUCCGUGUUUCGCUUUGGCGUCAACCAAUUGCUGCCUACGCCCAGUCCACGUGACCUGAGGCUGAGCAUGGACCUGACGCCGGAGAUUGACGAGAUAUUACGGAUAAAAGAAGAGAGCAUCAAAGAGGCUAAGCCAAGGCCACGAAGAUGAUCGAGAUUCGUUUUCUAGAAAUUAGAUGUCAAGGCAGUGUGUUAUUCAGUCUAAUUGAAAUCAGCUUUGCAAGGACCAAUUUCACAAAACAUCGUAAGUUUACGUCUGCGACUAGCAGGUAUAUCGAGUAUACAUUUACACGUGUUUGGCAUCUAUUUCACGAAGAAAAUUAAAAUACUGUGGAAGAUAAAGCAUUUUAAGGACGAAAAGAAAUGAAUUAUGUGUAUUUCUAACUGCAUUGCUUAUAUUAUGUUAAGACAAAAGAACAGUAAAACAAUAAGACUAGAUGAUAGGAUUAUGACAAAUUUAGGAAAGCAGGAUGAUCAAUCGUAUGACAGGAUAUGAUCAGGGUCACACUCUGUGGCGGAAGAUUGACCGUAUGCUAGUAUGAUUGGGGCCAUAUCUAGGGGCAGGGAGCAUUUCCCACUCCUGUAGCUCACCCUGUUUAUUUUAUAAGUGCCUUUUUAUCUAGCAGGAGAAGACCUAGCUCGUGUGUCCUCUAGCCCCGUCCUGUUUUAUGUUGGGUCAGGACUACAGGGUACUUCAUGAAACAGUAUGUCAAUUUUUUUACAACCGAAUGAUCGUCAAGUCUUAAAUAAACACUUUUUUUUUAUCUGAUACACAAACCUUUAGAUUGAUCUUUUUUGUUGUUGUAAGUUUACUCCUAGCAUUAAAGUAUCAUGUUAGUGACAAGUACAAACAAAACAAGAAGAAACCCGAUACCAAUAUCGAAAACCGGAUAACUCGGUUUCAGAUAAGUGUGUCGGUGUUUCUUCUUGUAGCGUUUGUACUAGUCAGAAACAUAUACGUUUUAUGUUUUGAAUGAACUCCAACAUAUUAAAACUAUACGUCAGUGACCUCAAAUUUAACAAAACUGUUUCUAUUUUAAACAGAGUACUUAACGACCAUUUAUUCGUCUGAAAUUUCAAAAUUGACCGUUCAUGACACCAAGAGCAUUGUAGCCCUAUUCGCACGUGUAAAUAGAAUUGGACCAGUAAACACUCUAGACCCAAAUUCAUUUUUCCUUUUUUUUCUUUUUUUUCUCCUUGUUAAAAAAAAAAGAAGAAGAAAAAAGUUAUUAGUACUUCCACACCCACCCCUAGUUACUAGUAUUUUAAACCUGUUACGGACGUGAUGAGACAUUAAAACAAAGAAGUCGUGAAAUUAUUCUAAAAGCCAGUUUACAUUAGGCGAUUAGAGCCAUACCGCGAAUAUCGCCUAAUGCAAAGUGGCCUUAACUUUCUUUGAAGGUCAAGGACUUUUAAAAUCUAAAUUUAGCAGUUAAAGGGACAUACCCUAGUUUCAACCCGUGAAAAUUAACACUAAAUUUAGUUGGUCUACAAACCUGUAACACAUUUGGAUAAAGUUACAAUUGAGUGAAACAUGAGUGUGACUUUGAAAUGGUGAAAUACCCUCUGAAAACGGACUAAAACGCGAAACGGACUAAAAAUCAACUCCAUAACUGUUACUUCUCAGGCGCAUGUGCGUUGUUAAAAAUAUGAGAAAUGCAUUUUGUGAUAUUAAAAACACCAAUAUGACCAAAAACACUUCGAAUGUACGGAAAUGGAUAAUCUAGUAAAUAAGAUCUAAAUAAUGUCUGAUUUCAGUUAUCAAAAACGGAUCUAAUAGUAAAAAAAAAUAUGCUUUAGUGUUUAAAAACUAGGGUAUGUCCCUUUAAGAACUGAAGUCUCGCAGAUGACUGACGCUAGACAAACAGGUGUGUUUGACUUAAUGUUAAAUCUGUAAAACAAAGUCUUAAAAAAAUUUCUUUCCAAAACGUCUUUUAAUGUUGUGUGCUGUACAAAGUGCAAAGACAGGUUUGGGUCCGAUACUUUGUAUUCGUGAGUCUAUCCACUGAAAGUUCAAGCACGUCCGCCCUGAGCAUGAGUUCAUACAUGUACAGCAAAACUUGGCCGGGUCAGAACUGUAAAACGUUCAAAUGAUAGUUUUAGGCGUAAAACUUUAACUGUACACAGAAACCAAGAAUACAUAGACUAUCAGGGCCUAUCAUGGAUUUGUAUAAUGUACUAAAAUGGAACAGAUAACGUAAAUUGUAUUCUGUUUCUUCAUGAGAUAAGAUCGGACAUGCGAUUUUAGUUCCAGACAAAAGGACCUACCAACGUAUACAGUCACCCUUGAUGUAAAACGUAUAAAGAACACUUUGAUAGCCCUUGGGGUCGAUCUAGAUUAUUUUCUAAGGAGGGGAUUAUUGUUAAAUCCUUUGUACUCGAAGAGCAAGCAGGCUACUUGCAGUUAUCGGGUGGCAGUCAAAGGCACACCCCAAGGCAAACACGUGUAUUUCAUCAAUCAAGCCUGUAAGAACCGGGGUUUGGGGCCAAUAAGGUAAAAAUAGUAGAAACUGUACUGAUUAAUGAUAUUGACGUUUUAAGUAUGUAACUUCCAUGAAAUGGCUGCAAAAUGGUAUUUCAGAGCGUCUAGAUUUCAAAAUGUCCAGUUUGGGGGAGGGGGCAGCGGCAUACCCCCGGAUCCCCUAGUGGCUUGCGCCUUCCAUGCUCGUUUGUUCCAACAAUCGAUAUUAUUUUCUCCCCCACAAAACAUCAUAGCUACGGCCUGCUACUCCACACACACACACACACACGCACGCACGACCGCACGCACGCACGCACGCACGCACACACACACAGAUAUAUACAUAAAUAUAUAUAUAUAAAAAGAUCGAGCCUAAUUCACAAAGCUCUCUUAGG